AUAAUCACGUGGUACCGUAUUUUACCUCGAUGACGAAACUACCCCUGCCCCUUCUCCUUCUCCAGCCUCCUGCCGGCGCCGCCUCCCCGCUCCGCUCCCUGCUCCUCCUGCUGCCACCGGCGCGCCGCCCCACGGUGAUGUCAGCGGCUACGUCGACGGCGCCGUCGAGUGGAGAGUAUCCUUCCCCGGUGUCCCCGCCCUACCCGGCCGCCUCCAAGGACGUGGAGCUCCGGCGCGCCAUGACCGCCUCCGCGCGCUCCGCGGCCUUCGCCUCUGCGGACGUCGUGUUCGAGGACGAGUGGCUCGCCGUCGUCGACAAGCCCGCCGGUGUCUACUGCGACGCCUUCCUCACCUCCCUCCCUUCCUCUGUCGUCUCAGGCAAAUAUUUCUUGCGACUUGCAGAGGAUCCAGCAACUAAACCUAAUCUUCACCUUGCAAACAGGCUGGAUCGUGAUACCAGUGGGCUCAUGGUUAUCACCAAAUGCAACAAAGUUGCUGGGAAGCUAGUGAAGGCAUUCACAGAUCAUAAAGUCAAGAAAACAUAUCUAGCUCUUUGCAUAGGUUGCCCACCGACAUGGGAAAAGAUUAAGAUAUGUUCUGGUCAUGGACGAUCAAAACAUGGUGCUUGGCGUGUAUAUGCUAUGUCUGAUGUUGGCCGUUCACUCCCAGGUGGUUCUGUUGUAAGGGACAUGAGCACGCAGUUUGAAGUUUUAGGGGUCAAUGGUAAAUGUCAGUUUAGAGAACCCUACAACUUUGACACCGAUGAUAUUGAGUCAAUUACUGUACAAGAAAAGGCAGCUGACCAGACUUGUAGUGGUGAUGUGAACAACAGUGCCAUUUUGGUUAGAGCCUAUCCCCAAAGUGGACGGACACAUCAGAUUCGUCUACACUGCCAGUAUCUUGGUUUCCCGAUCAGAGGUGAUGUGAAAUACGGCGGGGUGAUUGAGUGGAACGGCGUAGAGUGUGAUGGCCAUGCAUUGCAUGCGGAGAGCUUGUCAUUUGUACACCCUAUCACUGGAUUGCCCAUCACUUUCCGGUCACCUCUCCCUUCAUGGGCAAAAGAAUGUAUAUCAACAAUGGAAUAAAGUUCCCUUGAUCUUAUUGUGAUGCACGAUGCUCCAGUUGACACUGAAAUAUCCACCAAGGAUGUAACUCUGAACUGCAAAAGGCAUCAUCUCUUGAAAGCCUUUUCUGGGAGUAACAUAGGGAAGUAGCGCUAUCAAGUGUCUUUCUUUAUUGCAGGGAUGCUUAUUAGGAUAUCACAAAUACUGAGAUGACUGUUACAGGCUUGUAGCACAGUUUACUUCAGACUGUAAUUUUAGCAUUUGUACUGUAGAGAUAUUGAGUUGUUUGUUGUAGAUUGUUUCAAAUUUUGAGUAUGCUAAUUUAUGCACACAUGUUGUACCAUGAAUAUUUAUUUGGUUCUUUAACAAGACAUCCAGAAAAUUUCAGAUC